UUUUACCAUUGGGGUAAGAGCCAACAGCAAUCCAAGGAUCGAUAACGAAUGGAGCUUCUCUUUCCCAUUUCAAUAUUGCGCCUCGUCAGCCUUGCCUCUCAAUUUCAUCUUCCUCCAUCAAACAACCUUCCGUAAAAUUCCCGAUUCUGGGCCAUGCCACAAUGGCGGCGGAUCCCUUCGAAGUUCGGAUGCGCUUUAGCGGCCAGCUUCAACACUUGAAUGCAAGCACUACCGCUGCCCAGAAAGCUGCCCAGUAUGCAAUGAAGUACAAGGAUAUGGAUGAGGACCUACACUCCUGUAUCCUCGAGCAGCUUGAGAAGACUAGUAUGAACACACGCGCAAACAUCAUGUACUUUCUGGAGCACUUGCUGGAGAUGGCAUCAAAGGAACGCCAGAACCAGUAUGUCCGAAUGAUGCAGAGAGAUAUCAUUCGAGUUGUGGAUGCAGUCUGUCCGGAAGAUGGAUCCGGUGCUGCCAAUGUCAAAGUUGUCCGAAGGGUGCUUCAAAGCUUGAUGAACAAGUCUAUCCUGCUCGAACAGACGGUGCUCGAGAUUGAGGGCUGUCUUAAAGAGCGCGAUACCUCUAUUGACCUUGGCUCUUCACCUGCCAAUGGCGAUGACGCUUCCCGUUCGCGUAAUGGUAAUGGUACUGCCAGUUCUCACCGCCUCGACAAGCGCCAGAUUGAGCAGCGCAUCGAAGAGGAUCGUGAGCGACACAAGCGUAUGCGCGAGAGCAUGUGGGCGGUUCCCGGAACCAUAGAGGAGGAGGCAAUGAAGCUUCUCGAAGAAACGAGCGAUCUUGGAGAAGAUGAUCACAUCCUAGGCCGCGAGGAGUGGGAGGAGUUUCAGCGGGAAGCUGAGAUGAGCAAAUGUCACCAUCUCCGACAAAGAGAUGCUGCCACCAAUGGGUCUUCAUCGCACUAGGACGCGUCGCCCAUCCGACUUAGCAAAUCCCAGAGGGCAACAAUGAGACGCCGACAAUCUCGAAAGAAGCGCCGUUGCAUGGAACAGCUAAACAAGGGCUUCCUGGCGCUGUCAACUAAUGAUGCAUCGCGUGGCGUUCAUAAGAAAGGAAAAUCGGCAUAAAAAUGGCGUUUUUUGGUUGCUUUUUUACCUCCAAUUUUGAGAGGAUCUGGAAGUCGAGUGGUGGCAUUUGCCCCGUAUUCCGUUUGAAAAGGUUGAAGCAUGUUGCGAUGAUUUUGUACUCUACAUGGUCGGGAAGCAUGGCGAUCAAAAUGGUGUUCCUUAUGGCAUAUUUGGCUGAUCGGAGGCGGCCUGCAUUUGAUGAUACCAAAAUUCACGUUGAUUACGGACUAAUUCAAAUUACAUGAAAUAUUGCUUCUUA